UCGCUCUCUCUCUAUCUCUCUCGCUCUCUCUGUCCCGUGUGACUUUCCUUCUGUGUUCGCGCGCCGGCGAAAGGCGCGAAAAAGCGCCUCAUGAGUGAACAUCACUUCGCUUGACCUGCGUGUGCGGUCUGUGGGGGUUGUUCGCGCGCGUCUUCUGCUCGGGACUGUGGGCCUCGACAGGGAAAGCUGACAGCACCCGCCGAAGACCACCGCCACCGCGGCGCGGCGCGGCGUCGGCGUCUCCCAUCUGUGUCCGUCUCGGCGGAGAACGUCGUCGGCAGCACAUCAGGCGGCGUUCUCGCUCACAUGGUCUGUGUUUUGUUUCCGUGAGCGCGUCUCGCCGCAGCCCUCGUGGCUCCCUCUCGGCCGCUGCCACUCUCUCUCGCGGCUCGUCGCAUCCGCCACCGCAUCAUCGCCGUCGCCGGAAGCGCGCGCGCUUCGGCGGUCUCGCGAGGGAGACCGGCCUGUUUGUUUCCGCGACGCGGCAGGCAGGCGCGCGCGGCCGCUGCGACGACACGGGAUGACGCUCGGACGACUUGGCCAGUGGUGUUGUCGGUGAAAUGCGCGAGUCGCCGGAACCGCCGUUCGUCCGCUGACCGUAGAAUCAUCGGCGAGAGACGCUCGCGCGACUCAUCUCGUUCGGGUGGCCGCGUGUGUGUGUGUGAUUGACAUUAUUCCGAACGAGCGGACUGCUGUAAUAUCGAGGGGGUUCGGCUUCGGAUCACGUUCUCUCCGUCACUCUCGCUCUCGUUCGCUCCCGCCCCUCGCACCCCCGUCCGCCCUCUGCCUCUGGUUGCGCCUCGGCUCGGCGGCGAAGCGGAAUAUUCGCGGACAGACGAGUGCAACGUCACUUGACUUGGUUGCGUUAAGCUGACAUCGCAGCCCCGCAGCAACGCUUCGUCCGCUGACGUCCAACCUGCGGACGCGCAGAGUGCGCUGAACAGGACCCGCUCGCAGGCAGCGCGCAGCAGAAGGUUCAAGGCGGAGGCGCGCUCUCGCUUCAUCGUACUCGACUCCUCGUCCCGGCGAGCCGAGACUGUCCGUUGACAGGCCGCUCGGGAUCCUUGACGAGAGAGAGAGAGAGAGAGAGAGAGAAAGAGAGAGAGAGAGAGAGAGAGAGAGCGCGCGCGCGCGGCGACCGAGCGGGAGAUGGAUACAUUGAUGAUCAUCAGUAUGUGCUUCCUGUGCUACGGCUUGUUCGACCUGCUGAUGCGCUACUCCGUCCAGCAGCCGAUGGAGGCGCAUCGGCCGGCGGACAAGAACGCGGCGUCCUCCUCCUCCUCCUCCCCGCAGAGAGUGUACUCGAUCUCCGGCAAGAUUCAAGAACCACCCCCCGCCUGUUGCCCGCAGUAGAUCGCGCGGUAGUGCGAUCGUCCCGGCGCGCGAGUGUGCGAGCUUCCGCUCCAAGUCGCGCGAGCUGAAGUCGCGCACGCCGCUUUCCCUCUCGCGUUUUUUCAACCGAGCGCGCGCUUGUCCUGUCGGCUGCAAUCGGCUCUCACUCCGCGUUCAGUGUGAGUUACAGCCGACGGGGGAGGUCUUCGGGGGAGAGCCUCCGGCGGAUGUGCGCGCCGGCCAAGUUGGCGCAAAUGGAUGGCCAUACGAUAUGGAUUUGCAGCCCCGCACAGUGAUAACGGAGACGCCCGUCUCAGAGAUUCAUGAUGUUUACGGAUCGGCAGCGAGCAGCGGGCUCGAUAAUGAGUAUUCGUCAGUCGCGUUGCGCUCUCCGGCCGACGGAUUCGGACGCACCGAGGCCGCUCUGAGAUGACGAGACCGCAGAGACACGCUGAUGGACACCAGGAACGACGGCUCGCGCGGCGCUUAAUAGGGACUUAAUAGGGACGUUGCUUCGUUCGCGUUGAUAAACGCGUUGUAAUCGACAAGCGGAUGACGACGAGUAGUCGCCGGUAGAUAAUUCCUCGGGCAGUUUCACUCGUCUCUCGGCACCUGCCGAGGCGGGCUCACGCUCGUCCAGCAAGACCCCUUAGGCGAGAUAAGUCCGACGAUCUGCGAGCGACUUUAUCGAGCGCUCGGCUCGCGUAGCCGGAGGAAGUUAGCGCGUCGUCUCGACUCGCUGAGAAAUACUUGCCGCUUCGUCGUUUACGCUUUUGGGUCCCGGUAAGUGAUAUAUCGAUUGAGACGUCGCGGUUGGUAGCCUGCGACCAACGCGAGAGGACGGCAAACUCGCCGCCGACGAACUCUUCGCUACGUGCCGGUGAAUGCAAACUCGGAGUGAGUGAGUGAGUCGAGUCGAGCGGCGAGCGCCGAUCCACCGCAGGAAGUCGAGCGGCGUCUAAACAAGAAGUGAAGUUUCUUUUGUGUACGUCAGCGUGCAGAGAGCGACGUUAUCGCGGGGAUAGUGCUACGUCGUUUCCCGGACCAUAUAACACGACUCUCCCACCCGCGUUUAACACUCGCGGGGCGAGGAGGAGUGCGCGGCAAUGUCGCUUAACGUGAUUGUGUGUGUGUUCACUGCCCGUAAUUCAAUCCUGACAUCCUUGACUGCCGAAAAGUUCCCAUAGAUAGACUUUACAGUCGCUCGCUCGCUCGCUCGCUCGUUCGCUCGCUCGCACGCUCGCGCGCGCGCGCGCGCGCACGGCUGAUUCCACUCGUCGUCGUUGUCAUCCCAACACGAGUACCUGCGCGUCUCGCAUCGUGAUAUCCCGGAGAGGAUAUCUAAAAUUGUCAACGAAGCAAGUGAAAGCGGAGCGCCGACUUGGUCUCUCGACGGUCCGGCUGACCUUUCGCCACGACAGCGCGACGUUAUUAAUAAAUACGGUAUUCUCCCGACGCGCACGCUGUCAACGGGACGGGCCGCCCUGUUGUCCUCGGCUGAAACGACACUCGCGCUCCUCUUAGCCGCGCUUUGUUCAGCCGCGAAAUCGCGAACGAGAAUACCGUAAAUUAAGCCACGCUCGGCGACGCUCGUCCUCCCCGUGGCGUGGCGUAUGACGUGAUUCUCGCUGCGCGCUUCAAACCGCCGAUCGACCGUGCUGACUCUCAAGCCCACCUAUACCGGAAGGUUCAGCGCGAGCUGUCGUCUGCCGGCCGACGAUUCGUUCGUCAAUGCAGCAAGGAAGAGGGACGGACCGUGACUGAUGCUCGACCUUAGCUUAGCUCUUGGAACUUUGGCAUUGGGACCUCGUCGCAACCUCGCUCCUGCGUGACACCGCCUCUCGUCCUCUCGCCCUCUCGCCCGACAACAGCCCGACGUAGCCCGUGCGAGAUCGAAACGACGAGUUAUCGAGGACUCGAGGAGAAGACAUGGACUCGCUGGAGCGUCUCAUGAGCGCCGGUUCUCACCACCCGACUCUCGCGACAGCCACGCGAUCGCAGAAUGCCUUUGUGCAGGCCAACCUCUGCUCCGUGAUAGGCCGCAAAGGGCGGCAUCUCACCGGCACCUUUUGUUUAAACGGGGACACGAUGGAAGGCAUCAUACAAUGCUUAGUCUUCCUCAAAGCUUUCUCGGUACGUAUAAUUGGUUCGGGAUGCGGAAGGCCAUCGGCUCCGGAUAUAACAUAUGUGCCACGUAAUGUGAGUGUGGUCAGUGUGGUCAGACGGUGCCAAAGCGUUAUAACGAAAGCUCAGUUAAUAUGAAGCUCUGUAAACGAAAGUAGAAUGCAAAUAAAUCGUUUACCACACUA